AAAAUUCACACCCGCAAAUUUUGGCUCAUUUUUCUUAACCGCUCCACCUCCCUCCCUCUCUCUCUCCAACCCCAACACAACAAUUCAAUUUCAAGCAUUUUCUCUUUCUUUUCCAUUUUCUCCGUUGGAGAGAAAAAAAUGGGGCAGGAUUCUGAUUUGAAAUCCCAGCUGGUGACUGAGAUUUGCUCCGUUUCCGCGCGCGCCAUUGCCUGCUCUCACCGGCAUGGCGGCGGCAGCAGCCCUGUUCAUUCGUCUUUCGUCGAUUGGUAUCGCCUCCUUCGAGUGGAGGAAAAUGCUGGCGCGGAUGUUAUAAGAAAGAGAUAUCAUGAACUUGCUUUACAACUUCAUCCAGAUAAGAACAAACACCCAAAAGCUGAAAUUGCAUUCAAGCUUGUUUCUGAGGCAUAUUCAUGUCUCUCAGAUGAUGCAAAAAGAAGAGUUUUUGACUUGGAGAGAUGGAGGAGGUUCUGCUCUGAGUGUGGCACAAUCACCUACACAACAACCCACCACAACUCCCCAAGCACUGCCAAUCCCAAUCCUUCUUCACAUCACAAGCCUUACAAUCCCACAAAUUCAAGGCCUUGCAAAGUAACCAAGGGACUGAAAGAUGUCAGAAACAGAUUCAGAGAGGAGGUAAGGGUGAUAGAAAGCUGCUUGAAGGCCAAUGCAGCUGCAGGAACACCAGGAAAGCAAUCCUCCUCCUCACUAUUUACUCCACCUGCUGCUUUUGAUGCGUUUCAGAGCAGGUUCCCAAGGGAAUCCCCUGUCUUCAACCCAUCUGACCAUAAGGUUCAGGGAUACCCUCAUCUUCGGGCUCGAAUUUACGAGAAGCCGAAGAACUUUUGGCAGUUGAGAACUGGGCAUCAUGUACUCAAUUAUGAGCAGGGUAGAGGUAGUUAUGAUUCUCCAGUGUUUGAGGUCAGAUCGGAUAGUGGGAUGUUUAAGAGUAGGUCUACUUGUGUUCGUUCAUGACUGAUUGAUUGAUUAAUUGGAAAAAGAUGACAGGCCUCUUUUUAGGCUCAUUCAACUUUU